CGUUUCACCUGGCUAAAAAGACACGUCAAACUCUAUAAAGCAUGAACGGGAGUAUGUCCAUAUUAACAGCGUAUAGACUUCAACCCAGGUGACACUGUUCUUGCAUGAAGUGUGUUUCGCGCCAACCAGCAGUGCAUCAGCAGUUAUAUUAACUGCAAGAUGAGGGUUAGAGUCGCUGUCUCCACUCGAGACCGGAGAUAUGCAACUUAGGAAAGCGAAUGCAGACGAGAAUAACUCUCUGUCCAGGCGUGAGCUAUGGUGCUUUAGCCCCGCUGAGGUGCUGAUCUGCCCGGUGUGCUGCUGAAGUCUGCCGCCGCCGUGUUUCGCGUUACGACACAAACGCAGAGUACCCAUGCCCGCUUAUUUUGAAUUUAUAUUUCAAAUCUUCCCGUUGUUCUACACAUCAAGAAAAAUGUUUAUCCAGGAGUAGAGCUCGCAUGGUCUGCUUUGUCCACUUAUGCUUCCACUGAAGCAGACUAUCUCGCCCUCACGACUGUGAUUCGCGGCACUUGCGACAGCAUGGUUUCCCUCUAGUGCCUGUGAAGCUUCGGCGGUCUGCAAGCAUGCGGUAUUUCUUCUGUCCUCCGGUUGUGGCGCGGUCCCUGACUUUGGCGUUGCUGUUUAGGUUUUGUUUUAUCGUUUCUUUGUUGUACUCCAAUGAAAGGGUGACUUUUUCAGCUCAGACGGGGAGGCGUACCGGAGGCAUCUCACAGAAACACCUUGUGUGUUUCGUCGAUGGCGCUCACUUGCCCCGACCUUCUUCGUUCUCUUCAGCAACGUCUGCGUUACCGAACAAUGCAGCAGACCCACAUUCGGAGCGUGUAGCGUCAUUUAUGUUUCGCCCGUCCUCCUUGCUCCUCUGUUUCUCUACUUUCUCCUCCCGGCCUCCCCCGACGUUCACACUCUGGCUUCGUCCGCUGUCCUCCUGUCAUUCCCUUUGCAAUGGUUCGCACUACAAUGGUGCCAACUCGAACUUUGUUUCUCGUCCUCUCCCCCUAGAGAGAGGUACCCGUAACGGUUCCUCGGGAACAUGCGCGCACAUGCUUCUAGGAAAUGCAUAUCCGAUCAGGGUUUCAUCGAACUUCGAGCAAGUCGAUCUGUUGCAGACAUGGUCAAAUUCGAGAAAGGAGCCGGAUGCAUAUGGAGGGGGUCGGCGAACUGCGCUAGCAAUGGUGAAGCAGAGGAGAUAUCAGCUGGCCACUGACAAUCUCUUUGUUGGCCUACGGGACGCCCAGGUCCAGAGGAAUCUUCGUCGCAAGCAAAUGAUGAUUGACUACAAGCCCCUCCGACAGUACUACAAGUAUAAAGUGGCGCACGCGACGUCAAUGGAUGAGCGGCUGGACUGGCACUGCCGGCUUCAGCGCUUGCCUAGAGACUCUUCACCCACAAGAUACAGGAACCGGUGCCGAGUGUGUGGCAGGGCUCGAGGCUACUUUCGCUUCUUCGGCCUCUGCCGACACCACGUGCUAGACAUGGUUCGAAAUGUCAUGUUUCCUGGAUUCACCAAGGCCGAGUGGUAGAAGUGGUGGAACUGUGAAGCACUCCUGUCACUGCCUGAAGUGCACUGACACUGUUUUGGUUACUUAUGGACGCGUAACAGCUCAUUAUACAAGGUCGGCGACAGCCUUUAAGGGCUGUAUAACACGGCAAUAGGCCCCGAAGACGAGCGUCGCAGUGUUCUGCACGUCAAACUGUUGACAGACUUCUACCUGCGGUCACAAGAUCCCCAGUCUUGUGGAACAGGUCACCGUCAAAAAAUCGCAACUGACUGCUAAUGCAACCACCUUAGCUGACAAGAGUGUCCACACGUCUUCACUGACAAGUCCAUCUUUGUGACUAGGAUAUGCUUUUGCCCUCUAAACAGUACAUCCCACUGUGUGUGCACCAAUUUCAUCGUUUGGGGGGGAGGGGCUAAC